CAUAUUCUGUAUUUAGUCUGUAUAUACAUUUGUUUUAUUACUAAAUUAUUUCCUUGGCUGGGUCUAGUACUCUAGUUUUUAUUUCUUACCAAAUUCUCUUUUUCCAGGAAGUGCUGUUGUUGUUGUUGUUGUUUGAUACUGGUGUAAAUGGGUGAGCAUUCAGUGGUGAAUUUUGAUCAACUGGUUAAGACGGAUGAAGUAGGGUCUGGCCUGCCAGUUGAUGGGGCAAAGCAUAUUGAAAAGAAGACAGAAAGUGCAGGGACCUCUUCCAGUGCUGUGGUAGAGGAUAAGGUGGUGGGCAUGGGGAAAGAGAAAGAUAUUGAGGUGGCAGAUGAGGAGGCACCUCUAAUUGGUAUAAGGGAAUGUCGCAUCUGCCAAGAGGAGGAUUCUGUGAAGAAUUUGGAGACUCCAUGUGCUUGUAGUGGCAGUCUCAAGUAUGCUCACAGAAAAUGUGUCCAACACUGGUGCAAUGAGAAGGGUGACAUUACUUGUGAGAUCUGUCAUCAGCCUUAUCAGCCUGGUUAUACGGCUCCUCCUCGAUCUCAGCCAGAAGAAACUACCAUAGAUAUCGGAGGAUGGCAAAUUUCUGGUACGCCCCUGGAUUUGCAUGAUCCUCGCCUUUUGGCAAUUGCUGAGGCAGAACGCCAAAUUUUGGAAGCUGAGUAUGAUGAUUAUAAUGCUACAAAUGCAAGUGGUGCUGCAUUCUGCCGUUCUGCUGCUUUGAUUUUAAUGGCUCUUCUGCUAUUGCGGCAUGCUCUGAGUAUGACUGACAGUGAAGGAGAUGACGAAGAUCCAUCUGCCCUUUUCUCUCUUUUCUUGCUUCGGGUGGUUGGCUUUCUUUUACCAUGUUACAUCAUGGUUUGGGCAAUCAGUAUUUUGCAGCAGCGAAGGCAAAGGCAGGAGGCUGCUGCAGCAUUGGCUGCAUCACAGUUUGCAUUCGUGGUGCAAUCAGCACAAAGAAAUGGUGUGCAUUUUACUAUAGCAUCAACCGCACCUCCAGUCCCUGCAGCUCCUGAACACGUGUGAGAAAACUGGGACCAAUUUUAGCGGAACGUUAUGAAGAUGAGAAGUCUUGGGCCAGGGUUUCAAAAAGAGCUAGGUUGUGUUGUGCCUUGUUGUUGGUAAAUUUUAAUGGGAGCAAUUUUAGCAAUAAAUGGUACAAUUUUCUUGGUCAAUUUUUAUAUGCAUCCUCCCCUGUGAUCAGUAAUUUGUGUUAUACAAUAUCAACUAGAGUGUUACUGACUUACUGCAGUAAAAUCAUUUGUCCAGCAUCUCUCAAUAGGCCACUAAUGAGUUGAUUUUGAAAAAAAAAAAAAAAAAAAAA